AUGGCAGGCGGGGACAACAAAGGACGUGUGGAGACAUCCGUGCAUACUCUAAGUGUCGAUGAUGCUGAGUCUGCAGAAAAUGCGGCAAAGUAUCUCGAUCCGAGGGACAACGUUCGCCUUGCUCAACUGGGCUACAAAGCAGAAUUUAAGCGCGAGUUCUCGAUGAUUGAGACCGUAGCCUUUGCGUUUGCAAUUAUGGCGGUCAUUCCGGGCAUAUCCACGACAUUCUCUAUCUCGCUCCCAUCUGGCGGACACGUCGGUCUAGUCUGGGGUUGGUUCAUACCGUGUUCGUUCGUCAUGUGUGUAGCAGCAUCCAUGGCGGAGCUUGCGUCCUCUAUGCCUACGAGUGCUGGUCUAUACUAUUUCUCAGCAAAAUUGGCACCUGAGAAAUAUUCAGCCCUAGCUGGCUGGAUUACAGGCUGGGCCAACAUAACGGGCCAAGUCACUCUGGUUACUUCUAUCGAUUACACGUUGGCCCAGAUGAUCACGACCGCGAUCGCCGUCGGAACUGAUGGCGCAGUCAAUCUCGGUGCUGGGCCGACGUACGGAAUUCUGCUCGGUCUGCUCUUUGUGCAUGGUUGCAUAUGUUCUGCAGCCACUCGAGUACUAGCUCGGCUCAAUCUGUUCUAUGCUCUAGUGACAAUUGGAACGACGGCAGCAGCUAUUCUUGCGUUGCCGAUAGCAGCCGGGGACAGCAGAGUCUCGACCAAGGAGGCUUUUGCUUCGUUCGAGAACCAUACAGGAUGGACGAACAAUGCCUGGGCGUUCAUGCUUGCGUUCACUGUGCCGAUGUGGACAUUUACUGGCUAUGACUCUGCUGCGCAUAUUUCGGAAGAGGUCUCUGGCGCGGCGAAGGCAGCUCCGGUUGCUAUACUUGUAUCUGUUGCAAGCGUGGCAUCACUCGGAUGGCUUCUGUGCAUCGCAGCUUCGUAUGCCAUCGUAUCUGUCCCGGACCUGCUGGCGACGGAACUGUCGAUGCCCAUGGGUCAGUUGUACCUGGAUGUUAUCGGGAAGCGAUGGAUGCUUGUCAUCUGGUGUAUGACCUGUGUCGUACAAUUCCUUUGUGGCGCCGCCCAGGGCGUGGAUGCGUCCCGCGUGAUCUUUGCCUUCGCAAGGGAUAACGCGCUUCCUGGAUCACGACUAUGGAAGAGAAUCAACCGGCGUACGCAAACACCUGUGAAUGCUGUCUGGCUAGUCAUGGUUCUGGCCGCGAUUUGCGGUCUGCUCGGGUUCUCAUCGACCGCACUAACUUCGCUUGCUGGGGCCUCGGUCAUUGGGAUGUAUACAUCAUACGCGACACCCAUAUUCCUUCGAAUCACUUCGGGGAGGCACAAGUUAACCCGUGGUCCUUUCUCGCUCGGUGCAUUAUACAUCCCUGUAGGGAUCAUUGCGGUCGCCUGGGUGGUGUUCAUCAUCGUCCUUCUCUGCUUUCCCACGUCAAGAACCGUCAAUGAUCAAGACAUGAACUACACUGUCGUGAUUGUAAUGGCAGUAUUCGUAUUUUCCGGCGGCUCUUGGUUAGUGUCGGCAAGGAAGUGGUUUGUUGGGCCGCUCCCGAACAUCGACUCACAAGGCUUGACGUUCUCUUCCUCUGAUUCAAAGUAG